AUGUUCCUCCGUCGCGGAGAAGGCAAAGACUCUGAGAAGUGUAGGUUCGAGGAAAUUCUUAGAUCUGAUAGGGGAGGAAAGAGUCGCACCUACACCAUGGGAUGGUCGAUUCCGCCAAACGGGGAUAGUGGCGGAGUUGCUACAACAUCGAAGGGUCACGUUAAGCAUUGCGAUGAACUUGCAGAAGCUACUCAGUUGAUUGCCAAGUUACAGUCUGAAAUCGAUGUAUCGUACACGGCUGGCGACGAGGAAAAUAGAAAUUUCUCAACCAUACAGGUCAACUACUCCAAUGUGAACACAGUCUCUUUGUCAGUUGAGAUGGGGAAGUCUGGAUCGUUACACAUAGACGCGAAGGAUGACCCAGCACGGAUAGCAAGACAUCCCCAUCUCGGCAUUCCACCAAGGAUGAUGGGAGACUCGCCGAGGAAACCAUACGUUGCACCAAUUCCGAAUUGGCGUGGAUGGACCCAGAGUUAUACAACUAUUCCAGGACUAGUCCUCGUCGCCUACCCGCAGAGAAAUUUGAUGAAUCGUGCGCCGACCUUGAGAAGUUACAAGAUGCCCGAUCAUUAUAAACAAGAUAAUCCAAUGGCUAUCACCUUUCCUCAUGGAGAAGCUUUCGCGCUUGCGGCAUGGGGGACACUAAGACAUCAGCAUGAGAAGAUUGCAAUGCAAGACGCUUGGCAUCUUGCUCACCGCCACAGCAGUGGGUCAUUAGCUGUAUUGCCGUCUGCCAAGUCGAUUGCAAAACGGGAAGCGUGGAAAGACGAAGACGGGCAUCUUGUUCUACCUCGCACGGGAAUUCCGCACAGUCUCGAGACUCUGCUCAAGCGAAAGCAUUCGCCAGACUUAGAGAGAUUGCAAAAGCAUCACUUUCUCAAGACUACUUCGGGCAACGAUCGUCCACACACAGACGCUAAAUACGUGAGUGUGUUGGGUUCUUCGCUUAUUGAGCCACCAAAGGUUGCGCCAGGGAAGAAACUCACGAAGGCUGCCACUCAUGCAAUGUUUGGAGAGAACCCAUAUUUGUGUUCUCUCUGUGACAAAAGGAUUCCAGAUCCCUUUGCUAUGAAGGCCCACUUCAAGACUUCCACAAGAAUGACAGUGCCGAAGGGUUUGAAGCCGUCAUGCCAACAAGAGACCCAAACCAUCUCAAGUAUCUACAAGAGGCAGGGGUUUUCAAGUCUGGCGGAGAGCUCCAAGAAGGGUGGCAAGCGUCGAAGAAUGUCUGAUUCCACGAGUGAUGAGCCGCCAGCACAGAAAAUAAAGGCGGAGGAUCCAGAGGAGGCUAUUGUGAUUUCUGAUGAUGAGUAG